AUGGACAGCGACUACGUCACCAGCCUGCUGAUGGGCGCUGCCGCCUCUGCUCCGGGGCUCGACUUCGACACGCUGGACGGCGGGUUCUUGAAGAUGCUCUUUGGCAACGGUGGUGCCAACCUGUUCGAGGUGCGUGGACCCCCGGAGGGGUCAUCGGUGUCUGAUCCGAUGUGGGCACGCGCGAGGGAUGGCGGCAAUGCCAGGAAGAGGAAGGCGUCCAUGAGAGACGGCGAUGGAAAUGACAAUGAGGCCUGCUUGGGCAAAGGUGGGGAAGGCAAGGGGCCGGAUGGGAAGAGGUGUAAAGUGGGUGGCAACGAGAGCCUGGUGAAGCUGAAGGUGGAGGAGGCGACGAUGAGCGGUGACUUGUUUUUGCGUUCAAUCGCUGCAGCAGCAAGUUGA